AUGCAGCGCGCCCUACCGGGCGCCCGCCAACACUUGGGGGCCAUCCUGUCCAGCGCCAGCGUGGUGGUGAAGGCUCUGUGCGCGGCCGUACUAUUUCUGUAUCUGCUGUCCUUCGCCGUGGACACGGGCUGCCUGGCGGUCACCCCAGGCUACCUCUUUCCGCCCAACUUCUGGAUCUGGACCCUGGCUACCCAUGGGUUGAUGGAACAGCAUGUGUGGGAUGUGGCCAUCAGCCUGGCCACGGUAGUGGUAGCUGGACGUUUGCUGGAGCCCCUCUGGGGGGCCUUGGAGCUGCUCAUCUUCUUCUCAGUGGUGAACGUGUCUGUGGGGCUGCUGGGGGCCUUUGCCUACCUCCUCACCUACAUGGCUUCCUUCAACUUGGUUUACCUUUUCACUGUCCGCAUCCACGGCACCCUGGGCUUCCUAGGUGGUGUCCUGGUGGCGCUCAAGCAAACCAUGGGGGACUGUGUGGUCCUGCGAGUGCCCCAGGUGCGUGUCAGUGUGGUGCCCAUGCUGCUCUUGGGGCUGCUGCUGCUGCUGCGGCUGGCCACACUGCUCCAGAGCCCGGCACUGGCCUCCUAUGGCUUUGGGCUGAUCUCCAGUUGGGUGUAUCUUCGCUUCUACCAGCGCCAUAGCCGAGGCCGAGGGGACAUGGCCGACCACUUUGCUUUCGCCACCUUCUUCCCUGAGAUCCUGCAGCCUGUGGUGGGCCUGCUGGCGAACCUGGUGCAUGGCCUCCUGGUGAAAGUAAAGAUAUGCCAGAAGACAGUGAAGCGCUAUGAUGUGGGCGCCCCAUCCUCCAUUACCAUCAGCCUCCCAGGCACAGACCCUCAAGACGCAGAGCGGAGAAGGCAACUGGCUCUGAAGGCCCUCAACGAGCGGUUGAAGCGAGUGGAGGACCAAUCCGUCUGGCCCAGCAUGGACGACGAUGAAGAGGAGGCUGGGGCCAAGAUGGAUAGCCCCAUGCCGUCAGACAAGGCCCCCACACUCCCAGGGAAGGGGGCUGUCCCAGAAUCCAGCCUGAUCACCUUUGAGGCAGCUCCCCCGACGCUGUAA